CGCGGCGGCCCAGACUCCGAGCAGCUCCGGGGUCGCAGCCCCCGACGCUGAGAGUGACAGCAGGAGGGGGACAGUCCCCGGCGGUCUCAGCCCUGGGGGGCGACUCUGCCUCGUCGGCGUGCGCCAGGCGUCACGGGUCGCGGCCGUCCCAGACUGCCGGGGACCGGCCUGGCCCCGCCUCCUCCGGCGUCCCCGGGCCCCGGGGCGCGCUCGCAGGUGGCCCCGGAGAGGGUCGCCGCCCCGCGCGCCGCGUCACCAGCACCUACCACUGGCCGUGCGCGCGGGGGGAGGCCGCGACCCUUCCCGCCGCCGGACGACGUGGCGCCACCCUCGGACGGGCGGGCUUGGCGCUAAAUUUCAAACUCGCCGGGGGAGGCGGGCCGGCUCCGGAAACGCCAGAAAGCGAAAGCGCAGCCCGCGCGCCGCGGGGGUCGGGGCCGCCGCGCUUCCCGGGGCCGCCGCUACUCGCGUCACUUUCGCUCAGCCGCGUGGGGCCCGCGGCCUGCACGCGGCCGGCCGGGCGGGGCAUGGAGGGCGGCGCGGAGCGCGGGGCCGGAGCGCACGGCGGCCAGCGCGUCGUCCUGCUGCCAGAAUAUCUGAAAAAUGCUUCCAAGAAGAUGAAGAAUGGGCUUAUGUUUGUAAAAUUGGUUCACCCGUGUUCAGGGGAAGGAGCCAUUUACUUGUUUAAUAUGUGUCUGCAGCAGCUGUUUGAAAUAAAGGUUUUCAAAGAAAAACACCAUUCUUGGUUUAUAAAUCAGUCAGUUCAAUCAGGUGGUCUUCUCCACUUUGCAACACCCAUGGAUCCUCUGUUUCUACUUCUCUACUAUCUUAUAAAGGCUGAUAAAGUGGAAUCAUUCCCAGUAGUGCUCAGCAUACCUUAUGGGAUGCUGGGAAUUGAACCGGGAUCGGCUGCAUGCAAGGGAAAAUUUCAGCCUAUAGAUCAAGUUGUGAUGGAUGACAUGUUUCCGAAUUGUAUCUUGUUGCUGAAACUUCCUGAACUUGAGAAGUUACUUCAACAUGUGACACAGGAGAAAGAAAUAAACGGCAAAAAAUAUUAUAAGUACAGCAAAGAGAAGACCUUGACGUGGCUGGGAAAAAAGGUUCAUCAGACUGUGGCAGCUUUAAAAACCAAUAAUGUAAAUGUGAGUGCCCGAGUACAGGCAACAACUGCAUUUUACUCUAGUGAUCAAGACUCCAGUGAAAAGGAAGAAGAUUAUAUUCGCUAUGCCUAUGGUCUAAUAUCUGAUUACAUCCCUCAAGAAUUAAGUGAUGACUUAGCUAAGUAUUUAAAGCUUCCAGAACCUUCAGCUCCAUUGCCAAAUCAUCCAUCCAAGGUGGCAGCACAAAGACGGAAAAGGGACAAGUGACAGCAGUUAUGUGCAAGGCUUCGCUGCAUCUUCACAUUCCCAAAGGGUUGUGACAUCUGAGCACCUGCCAGAGAUAUCAGCAAAUGCCAAAAGAUGUAUUUUUGAGCCUAGCUGUGCAUGCCUCGCUGCUCUGAUGAACCACCAGCUCGCGGCUGCGCUUCUCCCUGGAGGGGAUUCUCACGUGGAACUUGGCAGCAACCCCCACCCCAAGUGUGAACCUGCCCUCUGUGCCCUCCCGCCCCCUCAGCUCUUCCCCUUCUCAGGUGCCACGUCUGGGGUUCGUGGUUCCCAUUUCAAAACAGAGGCGAAGGCACAUGAACAGCUCAGGUCUUUGCUCAGUUAAGUCUGGCCAUGCUGACCUCUGCUUUCCCAACUGACUCUGCUUUUAAUCUACGCAGAGACUAAGGAUUUGAUUCCUUUUACAACUUUUUGCCUUGCUUUAAAGGAAAAAACUUACCUAAUCUUUCUUUAACAAUUUUGGCAGCUUCUAAUUGAUAAUACCUGACAGACUUAUUCUGUCUCAGACAGAAGUGGAAUUUCAACAAAUUUCACUUUUACAUUAUAAGUUUGUCCUGAUCAAGGUCUAGCCACUAUUUCUCCCUCUCAUCUCUGGUGCUUGCUCAUUGUCCAUGGUGAAAUAACACAGAUGCUAUAUUGUGGCACAGUUUUAUAUUUAUUCUUCAUGUAAGCCUCUCCAUAUUUCCAAUCUCCUUUUUAUGAAUAUCUUACUCUUUUAAACAUGAUUCAGUCAUUAAAUACCCUUACAUAUUUCACCUGUCAUCCCUAGGACAGGUUAUCAUUUGCAUCUAUGUGGUUGACUUGUUUCUGUCUAAAAUUGUGUGUUAUGGAAGUGUUUUAGAAAGUUGCACAAUGGACUAGAGGCACUAUCUCAACACACACACGUAUAUACAUAUAUAGUUUCAUCCCUGUCAUAGAUUUGGAAAACACUAAGAUAACUGGGUUAACUCUAGACUUAUCAUAUUAGUUUCUUGGCUCAUAGCAAUUACUUUUAUUCACUAUCUUGAUGACCAAUAGUCUUAAAAUCUAGCACAGUGGGUAGGGCAUUUGCCUUGCACGCAGCCGACCCGGGUUCAAUUCCUCUGUACCUCUAAGAGUACCCAGCAAACUACCGAGAGUAUCCUGCCUGCACGGCAGAGCCUGGCACGCUCCCUGUGGCGUAUUCGAUAUGCCAAAAACAGUAACAACAAGUCUCACAAUGAAGACGUUACUGGUGCCCACUCGAGCAAAUCGAUGAACAACGGGAUGACAGUGCUACAGUGCACAUAUAAAAAUUGAUUUAUUUUUAAGAAUAAAAAGAAUUUUGGAGUUCAAAGUAUAAGGUAUGAAGGAGGGUUGGAAGUAGAUGCAAUUUAGUGGGGAAUUGCAAGA